UGCAACGCCCCGUCUGGGAGCCAGCAGACUUUGAAAUCUUACGCUGUAAAAUGAAACUAAAAGGAGGAGGAAAUUUAGAAUGAAAGAAGUGAGAUUCUAGGAAGCUAUUCACCACUUUCAAGAAGACACGGUGGUGUAAUGAAUGAAGUCUCAGAAUGAAUUUGGAUGUUUCUGAAGAUCACAGUGCUGCCAAGAAGUCUUGUAUAUUUGAGCCAUACAGAAAGCAUAAAAACAUAGGCAAAUGUCUAAUAAUCAGUAAUGAGCACUUCCCUGACUCACCACAUUUGCAUAGGAAGGGCGGUUCAGUAGAUGAACGCUUAUUGUCGAGCACAUUCAAGUCCCUCGGGUUUCAAGUACAGGUGGAGAAGAACCUGUCGGCAAAUGAAAUGAUUAGUGUGCUGAGAAAAGUAUCCAAGGAGAACCACACAGACAAUUCCUGCUUUGUGUGUGUACUGAUGAGCCAUGGAGAGGAAGGAACAAUCCUUGGAUCGGAUGAGCGCUGGAUCCAUGUCAAAACUCUGACCUCUCUCGUGACUUCUGACCUCUGCCCUAGUCUGCGGGACAAGCCGAAACUUUUCUUCCUACAGGCCUGCAGGGGACUGGAAUAUGACCCUGGUGUCGAGGCAGACAGUGAAGAAGCACCGGGCGAAUAUUUGGGAAUUUCGGACGUUCCCGAGGCGGAUUUUCUCUGUUGUUAUUCCACAGUGGAAGGAUACUACUCGUGGAGAAAUCCAGAAAAAGGCUCUGUAUUUAUCGGUGAACUUUGCAAGAUGUUAAAGGACAGUCAUCUAGAGAUUAUUCAGAUUCUCACAAGAGUAAAUCAUCAUGUGGCUUUUCACUUCCAGUCUUGCACCACAGACCCGGAUACACACAGAAAGAGACAAAUGCCGUGCUUUGCCUCCAAACUGACCAAGGAUUUUUAUCUUCAUGUGGCAGAGAAGAAAAAGAAAUAAUAUAAAUGAAAAAAUAAUAAUAAUAAUUUUCCAUCACUGGGAGCAAGUCAGUGAUGUGGUUUGCAAGGAGAGACAGCAAUUUAUGAAUAUGUUAGAAUAUGUUCAUAUGCAAACACACUUCAUUAUUAAAUUAAUCAAAUGAUGUAUAAGAUGGCAGAUCUGAAGAACAGUCUAAGCACAUUGAAUUAAAUACUUCAGGAACUUUAUUUAUUUGUUCGUUUGUGUUUUCUUCUUUUUCUUUUUCCAAAUAAAAGUGGAAAAAAUAAAUAAAAAUGACAUUAUUCAUAAGAGGCAAGUGAAUAUCUGAUGACAGAUACUAGACUUAUGUAUAUUUCAAUAUCUUUUUGAUUAUUCAUAUCUAGUCUUUAAAAUAUAAUUGCUGUAUAGAGAAAGUAUUUUUUUCAUAGGUAAAGUUUGAAAGUCUGGCUCUGAGACAAUGGUGAAACAAUGAAAUCUAUACAUAAAAGGCACUUUAUUUAUAAAUAAUAAAGUUUUAUGUGACCUUGAUAGUAAAAGAAAAGAGGCCUUUUAGCUUUAAAAGAAAUCAAGCCAUGACACAUAAAUGUGUCCGCACUAAAGAAAUACACUGUCUUUUAGUUGGAAUAACUAAAAGUGAAAGACAACUUUUGAUUAAGGGUCAAGUAAAGUAGAAUUUUGAGACUUGAUGAAGGGUAGUUGUCCUACCAUCUCAUGUGAUAUGGCUUUAUAGUAACAGGAACAGGCAAUGUAGCCUACUUUCAGCAGAGUUCUUCAUUCUCAACCUUUCUGUUAGUGAGAUUCUUUUCUGUCUGUCUCUCAUCUGUCAUCUCAGGUAUAAAUUUGAAAUUUACUUGAUAGUGUGGACUAUUCUUACAGGACUUAUCAUAACGAGUCGUCCUGUUUCAGUGUCUGAUCUGAAUGGAGUGUUCUGUUACUGCUUGGAUGGCAACUUUUGGGACCUGUGUGGUUCUUAUUAUAACUUGGUUCUCCAUGUUGGCACAGCAUAUCUUUUUUCUCUCCAGUUGUUUUGUCUUGUGGCUGUUCUCAGAUUUUUCUUCUAACGAAGAACGUUUUGUCUUAUUCUAAUAACUACUAUGACCAUGAUUAUCAUGUGAUGUGCUCCUUAUAUUAAUUGUAUGGUUCCUUGAUGGGUUUUAUCAGGAAAGAUUACACUUUUUUUAUUGCUUA